AUGCCCAUGCCCAUGACCACCCCCAUCCCCGUUCCCAUUCCCAUUCCCAUGGCAAUGGAAGUGGAAGUGGAGGAGGGUGCUGGGAAGGCGGGAGAUGGCAGUCCCAGAGGAGCUGAGGAAGGACAUCCGCGACCAGGAUCUCAAGCCGCCGUCACCGUCAUUCAUUGGACUGUGGUUGACAUCUGUGGCGCCCGCAGCUGGGGCUGACGCAGCUAAACAAAGGGAGAUACAAACCACCAAGGCCACCCACCCACAGAAGCACCCCCAUUCCACCCAACCACCCAACCACCCACCACAAGCACUAUUACUAUGGAAACCACUUCGCAGCCCAAGGCAGUUGAAUGCGUUGAAUUUUUUUUGUGUCGCCUAUGGAAAUUGUUGUAAGCAUAUUAUAUUUAGAGAGAGUUACUUUAAAAAACCAACCAUGUUACUGA